CUAGUCUGGACUAUUUCAUAUAGAUAGACAUCAGAAAAUUUUAAAUCAGCUUAACAUCGCGACUCUUGUCCAACACUCAUAAUAGUAAAAUGUUUUUUAGGACACUGGCUUCGUCGGCGUUGCGCCCCCUUUGCCAGCAGCCUCGGGCUUUCCAGCCCACUUCAUCGGCCUUUAAGCUUAUGCUGCCUACCAUUCUCCAUGCGCGAAAUUUAUCUUCUGAGACGCGAACGGCCAUUGACAAAGCUAUUGCAUCUGCUCCUGUUGUUCUCUUCAUGAAAGGCACUCCAGAAACCCCGCAAUGCGGUUUUUCACGAGCUAGUAUACAGGUUUUAGGGCUGCAAGGCGUGGACCCCAAAAAGUUUGUUGCUUUUAAUGUCUUGGAAGACUCGGAAUUACGCCAAGGCAUCAAAGAGUAUUCCGAUUGGCCUACUAUUCCCCAGUUGUAUUUAGACAACGAAUUCAUAGGAGGCUGCGAUAUACUGAUGUCUAUGCAUCAAAGUGGGGAUCUUGCUAAAAUUCUCGAGGAGAAGGGAGUUUUAGUGGCCGCAGAGUAGUUCAAAAUACCUAUUGUAGCCUUUGGGGGGGCGGG